UCAUAAACAUUGCUAACGAAUUACGAACUGCAGUGAGGACUGCGAAAGUUGCGAACUUGGCGAAACACGUGCUAAUUUUCUAAUUUUAACAUGACCCAGCGGACAAGUGAACUCUUUUAAUUAUAGUUGAGUGCCAUUGAAUUAAAUAUUAUUUAGUUAUGUAGUCAAUGAUGUGCGAUGGUAUGUCAGUGCUCUGGAAAGUGCAAAAUGGCGGAUGAAAGGCAAUCGAAGUCGAAGAAAAAAACUAUAAAGUACUUUCUAUCGUCACCUUAUAAGUUGAAUUGGCCAGAACUAGAUAAAGGAGACAACAAACUGAUACUUGAUGCAAUAAAAAGUAUAUUUCCAAUAAAUGGGCUAAAACGUGAGAAAUCACUUAUAUCACAAGAAGACAGCAAGUUUGUAACUUGGCAAUCAAUAAAAAGCUGCAUGGCAAUUGGUGUAAAUUCUGUAACAAAAUCUUUGGAAAAAGAUGAGCUUGUCUUAGUGCUUGUAUGCAAGUCAACAAAACCUGCUCUGCUAACCAAACAUUUGAUGUUACUCAGUGCCACUAGAUCAACUUCAUGCUGUGCUAUAUUUGGACUUAGUGACAUUAUGGCUUCUUUUUGUGGAAUGAAAACUGUGGCUGCUUGUGGUUUUAAGAAAAAUCUUGAAGUCAACAUGAUAAAAGAUCUUACAGACUUCAUAACAUGCAAGAUUCCUCCAUAUCCUGAACAUUACUUAACUCUGUGGAAUAACAAUGGCCAUUAUGACUUUAAUAAAACUUGUGAAGAAGAGGAAUCAAAAGAUUGUCAAAAUAAAAAAUCCAAUGAAAAUCUCAAAAAGCAAAUGAAAAGAAAGAUAGAUGCAACAUAUGUCAAAACUAAAAUUAAAGGUCUUUCACCACGAGAAACUCCAAAAAUGAAAAAAAUUAAAAUAUCAAAAACCUAUGUAGUCAAAUGAGACAUAUAACACAAACAUUACCUUACAA